CACGCUUCUGUGAGUCACAGCACCGGGACGCGGACGGAGCGCGUUGGCUGCUUCUUUUUUAAACAUUAAUAACAAAAAAGGGCCUUUUUUUUUAUCUCAAACCCGAAAGGACCGAAAAUGCCGAAUGUAAAGAAGAGAAAUUCGGCGCCAGGCGCUGAGGACCAACAGGCGGCGGAGAAGAUGCUCGGCAGCGGCGGCGGGGGACCGGCGGCGGAUGGAGAGGAGACGGUGGUGCUGCAGCGCACCAUCACGCUGCUGAACGGGGUGGCCAUCAUCGUGGGCACCAUCAUCGGCUCGGGCAUCUUCGUGACGCCGACCGGCGUGGUGAAGGAGGCAGGUUCUGUAGGUCUGUCCCUGGUGGUGUGGUCGGUGUGUGGCGUGUUCUCCACAGUGGGCGCUCUGUGUUACGCAGAACUCGGGACCACCAUCACCAAGUCCGGGGGCGACUACGCCUACAUCCUCGAGGUGUACGGAUCACUGCCGGCUUUCCUCAAGCUCUGGAUCGAGCUGCUCAUCAUCAGACCUUCAUCACAGUACAUCGUCGCUUACGUCUUUGCCACAUACCUGCUCAAGCCUUUGUUCCCGGUGUGUCCGGUACCGGAGACCGGGGCCAAGCUGGUCGCGUGUCUGUGCAUCCUGUUGUUGACGGCGGUGAAUUGCUACAGCGUUCGUGCCGCCACCCGAGUCCAAGACGCCUUCGCUGCUGCUAAGCUCUUUGCUUUGGGACUCAUCAUCAUUAUCGGCUUUGUACAGAUCGGCAUAGGUGAUACCCCGUACCUUUCACCCGAGAAUUCUUUUAAAGGAUCCAACAGCGACUUUGGGAACAUCGGCCUGGCUCUCUACAGCGGCCUUUUCGCAUACGGAGGCUGGAAUUAUUUGAAUUUUGUCACUGAAGAAAUGAUCGAGCCGUACAAAAAUCUGCCACGUGCCAUCAUCAUUUCGCUGCCCAUAGUCACCAUCGUCUAUGUGCUGACGAACCUGGCCUACUUCACCACUCUCAGCCCUGAGCAGAUGCUCAGCUCUGAGGCUGUAGCUGUGGAUUUUGGGAAUUAUCACUUGGGCCCCAUGGCGUGGAUCAUCCCGGUGUUUGUGGGACUUUCCUGCUUCGGCUCGGUCAACGGCUCACUCUUCACCUCAUCCAGGUUGUUCUUUGUCGGGUCACGUGAAGGUCAUCUUCCCAGCCUGCUGUCCAUGAUUCACCCAAACCUGUACACUCCUCUGCCCUCACUCCUGUUCACAUGCUUGAUGACGCUCCUCUACGCCUUUUCCAACGACAUCUUCUCGGUCAUCAAUUUCUUCAGCUUCUUCAACUGGCUCUGCAUCGCCAUGGCGAUCAUUGGAAUGAUGUGGCUGCGCUAUAAAAAACCCGAGCUUGAGCGGCCAAUCAAAGUGAACAUCCUGUUGCCUCUUUCCUUCGUCCUGGCGUGUCUCUUCCUGAUCGUGGUGUCCAUCUGGAAAACUCCAGCCGAGUGCGGGAUCGGAUUCGGCAUCAUCGCCACCGGCGUUCCCGUCUACUUCUUCGGCGUCUGGUGGAAGAACAAACCCAAGUGGCUGAAGCAGCUGAUCUUCUCAGCCACAGCAACCUGUCAGAAGUUGUUGGACGUCGUGCCUCAGGAGUCGUGAAGAUGCUGAAAACC